AUCAGAUUAGGCAUUUCCAUUUUGGUACUGUGAAUUCAGGCACUGAAAUGGCUCAAGAGAACAACUCUGAUCUGGUGCAGCAGGUUGGCCUUGUUGAAGCCAUCAACAAAUUUGUUCCAACUCUGAAAGUGAAGAGGCUAUCUGAGAAUGCCACUUUGCCUGAGAGAGCUUUUCCUCAUUCUGCAGGCUAUGAUCUUUUCAGUAGAGAUAACAGUGCCAGCCAGAGGCAAGGCCAAGGUUCCAACAGACCUAAGCAUAGACAUACCUCCAGGAACCUACGGCCGCAUUGUACAGCUGGAAGGUCGAGUAUGUCAUGGCAUCACUCCAUUGAGGUUGGGGGUGGAGUGGUGGAUCUGGACAAGAAUCCUGUUUUUGUGAUACUGUUCAACCUUUCUGAUACUGAUUUUCAAGUGAAGGUUGGUGACAACAUUGCGCAGAUGGUGAUAGAAGUCCACGCCACGCCGGAGAUUCUUGAGGUUCAGUAACCCAUUUGCAGAUCAGACAGUUUGAUCAUUUGUGGAGAAAGUAGUUUAUGGAAUUGUGUUGUUAAGUUAGAAAUAUAGAAUCUUGUUGUCCAGCAGAAUAAGUCUGAUCCUAUGAAUAAUUUAAUGUCACCAUUGUUGUUUCCUUGA